AUGGCCGUUGGUGACAAGCUACAGACGAAAGACACCCAUGUCGUCAUCGUGGGUGCCGGACCCGUCGGCAUGAUGUGCGCCUCGAAACUAUCCAACGCAGGGAUCAAAGUGACGGUAUUUGAAAAGGACGCCGAAAUCGACCCUCGACCCAAAGCAUUGACAUACACUGCCCCUGUUCUCGCAGAUCUGGCCAAGCUGGGUAUCCUCGAGGAUGUCGUCAAGAUCUGCUUUGCCGAUGAGCGGGCGGUCUGGACGUGGCGGACCCUUGAUGGGAGCAUCCUCGCCGAGAUGCACUGGUCGCUUCUCGAAGAUGUACGGAGACCGGACUUGCACAAGCCGUACACUCUACAGUGCGGCCAGCAUCUGUUGGCCAAGGUCUUGAUCGAGUACUGUCAACGCUUUGACGCGACGACCAAAGUGCUCUUUGACCACCGACUGGUCGACCUCAAGCAGACAGACGACAAAGUCACCGUGUCCAUCUCGCGCUCUGGCGAGCAGGAGCCCUUCGAGGUCGAGGCAGAUUAUGUCAUUGGCGCGGAUGGGGGCAGGUCAGCAACUCGCAAGUUGAUCGGCCAACACCUGGAGGGGUUCACUUGGGGUGAAAGCUUUGUUGCCAUGAACGUUCAUUUCCCCUUUGAGAAGUACAACUGGGGAGCGGCAAACUUCUUGAUCGGCGGAAAGGAGUGGGCUGUUGCUGGAAGAACCGGGCCGGGCAGUGACCCCUGGCGAGUAGCUUAUGGCGUUGAACCAGGCUUGACAGAUGAAGAGGUCCUUCAGCGAGCUCCGGAGAGACUCAAGAAGAUUUUGCCGGGGCCUGACGAGUUCCAGAUCGUCCAGUGUGCCCAGUACAAGGUCCAUCAGCGCCAGGUGGAACAAUAUAAGGUCGGCAGGGUGAUGCUUGCUGGCGAUGCGGCACAUCUCAACAAUCCCAUCGGUGGGUUCGGCUUGACCACAGGAAUGACGGACGCUGGGUGCAUCUCCGACGCACUGAUCGCAGUGAUCAGUGGACAAGCGUCCGAGCAGACUCUCCAAGAGGCCUGUGAGAUCAGGCACGAGAUCUGGGCGACCAUCAGCAAUCCAGGCUCUCAGAACUUCAAGCGCAUUGUUCAACAGGAUCCGAGCAAUAUUUGCCAGGAGGAUAUGGGCUUUUUCAAGCGACUGAAUGAUGACGUGGAGUUCCAAAGGUCUGCUCUGCUCGGAUCUUUGCGAAUUCACACACCGCUUGGGACUUUUCCCAGCCAGCGAGGAAAUGAGAAAGUCUAUGGGUUGGUGGAUUAG